AUGGCUCCAUCAGCAACCACCAACGGCAACGCCUCCAACGGCACGUCAAAGCUGUCAUGGGAUUCCUUCCACAAUACUAUUGACGGAAAGCCUGACAACGCAAAGAAUAGUCGCCAUGGUAUCAAUCCUGCCACGGAAGAGAACAGUUCAACAGUGCCAGUAGCAUCCCAGGAAGAUGUCGAUAGAGCCAUGGCAGCAGCUAAGAAGGCUUUCAAGACAUGGUCUGCUGUGCCAUAUCCUGAGCGUCAGAAAGCUGUCAGGGCUUUCGCAGAUGCGCUUGAGGCCGAGAAGGAGGGUUUCGCAAAGCUUCUUACUAAAGAGCAAGGAAAGCCGAUUAUGUUUGCCCAGAUGGAAAUCGACGCAGCAGUGUCCUGGCUCCGUGCAGCAGCAAGCCACGAUCUCAAGGAAGAGCGACUCGAAGACGACGAGAAGAUCAUUGUUGUUCGAUACACGCCCCUUGGCGUAGCAGUCGGUAUCGUCCCCUGGAACUUCCCGAUCCUUCUCGCAUGCGGCAAAAUUGGCAUGUCCCUCGUCACCGGCAACCCAAUCAUUAUCAAGCCUUCGCCAUUCACCCCUGCUGGAGGACUGAAGCUCGUGGAGCUGGGACAGCAGUUCUUCCCUCCUGGUGUGCUACAGGGCCUUUCUGGGGACGAUAAUCUGGGGAUCUGGCUCGUUGAGCAUGAGACGCCGGCGAAGAUUAGUUUUACGGGGUCGACUGCUACGGGAAAGAAGGUUAUGGCUUCGGCGAGUAAGACGUUGAAGAGGGUUACGCUUGAGCUGGGUGGCAAGGAUCCGGCGAUUAUUUGCGAUGAUGUGAAUAUUGAGGAGGUUGCUGCAAAGAUUGCCACCUAUGCAUUCCUCAACUCUGGACAGAUCUGCAUUGCCAUCAAACGUAUCUACGUCCACGAGAAGAUCAUCGACGAGUUCCGCGACGCCAUGGUCCGAUACACAAAGACACUUAAGCUGGGAGAGGGAAAUGAGGACGGCGUAUUCUUGGGUCCUAUCCAGAACAAGAUGCAAUACGACCGAGUCCAGGGCUUCUUCGAUGAUGCUAAGAAGGAGAAGAUGAACGUUGCAGUUGGAGGUGUCAACCCGUCAGGAAAGGGCUACUUCAUCACCCCAACGAUCAUUGAUCGUCCAGCUGAGGACUCCAGACUUGUUGUUGAGGAGCCUUUCGGCCCGAUCGUCCCACUCCUCAGCUUUGCCACUGACGACGAAGCCAUCGAAAAGGCAAACAACACACACUACGGUCUUGGAGGCUCAAUCUGGUCGUCCAACCUGGAGCGUGCGAAUAAAAUGGCUAUGAAGAUCGAGGCGGGUACCGUUUGGGUGAACACGCACACUGAUUUGGAUCCUCGCGUUCCUUUUGGUGGACAUAAGAAUUCGGGUAUUGGUUCGGAGAAUGGCCUCGCUGGUUUGAAGUCGUAUUGCAACUCGCAGACUUUGUUUUUGAAGAAGUGA